AUGUCAUUGUCAAGUUCAUCAUCGUCAAGUAUCCCGAAACCAUCAUUUAAAACUGAUGAAAUUAUCAACAAUUCCUGGAAGAUAAUUAGAGAAAUUGGUAGUGGUGGUUGUGGUAUUGUUUAUGAAGUAGAAAAAAUCAACGAUGAAAAUGUGGGAAUACGUGCUGCAAUGAAAGCGGAAACGGUAGAUACAAACCGGAAUUAUUCUGAAACACUUGCUGCUGAGGCAUUAGUAUUGCGUCGUAUGCAAUGGUCACCACAUUUUUGUCGCCUAUAUUUAGCUGGUCGAUCAUCACCUGACUGUAAUAUAAUUGUUAUGUCAAUUGUUGGACGACCACUUUCAGGGCUUCGACGUCAAAAUCCUUCACAACGAUUUACUCUUUCUACGGCAAUACGUCUUGGUAUUCAAUGUCUUGAGGCAAUAGAAGAUUUACACAGUAUUGGAAUCAUUCAUCGUGAUAUAAAAGGAUCAAAUUUUGCAAUUGGUGAAGGAAAUUUAUGCCGUAUAGUUCAUAUGAUUGAUUUUGGAUUUGCACGAUUUUAUUUAACGAGAGGUUCAGAUGGAAAUUUGCAUCAUCGUAUUCCAAGACGUAAAGCACCAUAUUUGGGUACUGAUCGAUAUUGCUCCAUUUUUGUACAUAUGAGAAAAGAUCAAGGCAGACGUGAUGAUUUAUGGUCAUUUCUAUAUAUGUUAAUUGAAUUUAUCGUUGGUCAAUUACCAUGGCGAUCUUCCUCUUACAAAAAUCUUCUCUCACUAAAACUACAAAGUGAGGAAAAUUUGUUAAAAAAUUGUCCACAUGAAUUUUACACUAUUUUUGAUCAUAUUCGACAUUUAAAUUUUUCUGGUCGACCAAACUAUGCAUUAAUUACACGUAAAUUACGUGAAAUUUGUGAACGGAAACAUUAUUUGACAGACGAUCCAUACGAUUGGGAAAUGGGUGGAAGAUAUUAUGAAGAACAAUUACGCGCUUUACAAAAAGUUAAAGAAACUAAAAAGCAAAAAAAGAUAGAAUGUACGGUAGAUGGAAAUAAUGAUAAAUCGGAAAUGCAAAAAGUCGAAAAAACUGAACAAAACAGUAAACAAGAAACGGAUGAAAUGAAAUUAUAUAAUUUGGCUCAUAUUACAUCAGCGGAUACUUCAGCUAUAUUAACCGAUGAAAGUUUCAUAUGGUCAGAUUCAAAUGAAUUCGAAGAGACCAAUAAUAUUUUGCAACAUUAUCCAACGAUGGAGGACAAAUCAGGAAUAUGGGAUGAAGAGAGAUGGAAUGUAGAAAAUUCACAGAAAUCAGAGAUUAUCAGUGAAGCUCAUUCGGAACAUUUACAAUUUCAAUCAAUUACUGAAUAA